AUGGCGUGUCCUCUCAGAAUCGAGGCUUUCAUCAAUGCCGUAAAUGCCCCUGGAGGAACAAAGAACCGGACGGACCGGACACACCACCAUAGUCAAUGCAAACAAAGUCAGCCGGACAUAUUGGCUCGGGCUGUUGUCAACAUUGGAGACGAGAAUCCCAACCACGAGGAGUUGCCCUUCUUUGAGACGCUGCAGUUGUUCGGCCUCUCUUCCAUCGAAACGAAGAUUGACAAGCAAACAGACCAGCUCACUACCCGUUGCGGUGUCCAAAGACAUUGGACCUUCAAGGUUAACAAUCGGCGAAUUUGUCCGGUACACCCCAGUUCUCCACAGACGAGUCGAGGGACAACAGGCAAGGAAAGAAUCAAAGCGAAGGGAAGGGAAAGACAGGCAUUGCGACUUGGACUUGGGGAGACAGAGAGACUUGGGCAGACAAUUCUACAAUUUACUGUCACUUCUUUCGCCUCGGACAAGCAAGCAAACAAGGCAAGGAGAACGGGCCGCUGCAACCCAGGUACAGCCACGUCACAGCACGUCACACCAGUCGCCGACUUUCUACGCUCCUCCACAGAGACUCUCUCUGCCGCCGCCAAAUCCUCCCUCAAAUCUUCCAUCCACCCGCGUUCUGAAUCUGACUCUAGUUCUCAGCGUCGCGAUUCCUCCCACUCUCGUUCUCCCACUCGGAGUCGCAUCGACCGUCAGUUUUGCCGCACCCCCAGCGUGUCUGAUGACGGCAGUGACCAUUUCGUCCCCUUCAUUCAAAUGUACGCCCCAGAACCCGUCCCGGCCAACAUCCGAAGCGAGAGGAGGAGGAGGAGGGGGAGCAGGGAACGUGGUGAUGUGAAAGACAGCAAGGAGAAGGUGAAGCAGCAGCAUGACAGCAGCCACGCCCGCCGACUGUCUAUGCCUUUCGGCCGAAGCAAGGAACGUCGCGAAAACCCGCACGCCUCCCUGAGCUGGGAGGUCGAGAGCCCGCCAAUCAUCUUCUAUGGCGAGGCCGAAGCCUCCACCGGCGCCCUGGUGUCAGGCCAGCUUUUCCUCGACAUCAAAGACGAGGCAUUGGACGUGGACUCCUUCAUCGCCACCUUGCUCAUCCACGUGCACCACAAACGGCCCUUCUCCUCCCACUGCGCCGACUGUACCGACCAGUACACCGAGCUCAAGCGUUGGGUCUUCCUCCACACCCGCGAUGGUGUACCCUCCGCUCUGCGCCGCGGCCGCCAUGCUUUCCCCUUUUCCGUUCUUCUCGACGGCCACCUCCCUACCACCAUGGAAACCUCGCUCCUCUCCAUCUCCUACGAAUUUCGUGCCGAGGCCGUGUUCGCAUCCCACCCGGACGCUUCGCCCGCCCUCAAGCCCUCGCGCCUGUCUUUCGACCGCAUCUUCGAAGUGAAGCGCUCUCUCCUCCGACCCGACACCCCGCACCAGUCCGUCCGCAUCUUCCCGCCCACCAACAUCAAGGCUGCUGCUUCCUACAUCCGCAUCAUCCACCCAGCCGUCUCGGGCCAGAACCUGGCCCUUCGCCUGGACGGGCUCGCCACCGCCAACCCCGAAGCCAAGAGGGUCGAGUACUGGAAGCUGAAGAAGGUGACGUGGAAGCUCCAGGAGACCAUCAAGACCGUCGCACCGGCGUGCAAGAAACACAUGCCGCACAUCCCCGGCGGCGGCGCCGCUGCUGCUGCCGUCGACGGCACAAGCACAAGCACAAGCGCCGACGAGGCGGCGCAGCGCAAAGGCGUGUUGCGCACCGAAACCCGCACCCUCGGCGAGAAACACCUCCACGGGGGCUGGAAGUCGGAAUACACCAGCACGGAAGGUCGGGUGGACUUGGAGUUCGAGUUCGGCCUCUCGCCCGCCAUGCUGGGCUCGUCCCGCCCCGGAUACGCCUGCGACGCCGGGUCCCGCGACGGCACCUCGGUGACCCACGCCCUCGUGGUCGAGAUGGUCGUCUCCAAGGAGUGGGCGCCCGUCGGCAAGCCGCAGCUCGCGUCGCAGACCGGCACCGGCCGGAUCCUGCGCAUGCACUAUAACAUCAUGCUUACCGACUUCCCUGGCUUGGGCAUCAGCUGGGAUAACGAGGCGCCGCCCGUCUACCAGGACGUGCCGCCUAGUCCGCCUGCCUACCAACCUGACGACGGGGCCCCGGGCGCGGAUUAUCGGGACCUGGAGCCGCUGGAUGCUGUUCGGGGCAGUCCCGAGCUGGCAGUCAGGGACUGGAGGUGGGAGGAAAGCGAUUUGCAAUCACCUUGA